AUGAACAGCGAUCUCGAUCGGAAUGGCGAAGAGAAGGCCUCAUUUCAGAAUAGGGAAACGCCGUCGCAGGCUCUUUCUAUGGUCCCUACAUCCGUGACACUAUCGGCGGAGCAAUUCGAGAGGCUUUAUCUCACGCGGAUGACUUGCCAACGGCCCAAGUUGGCGAAGCAGGUCGGGAAUCCCACUCCUCUUGCACUGGGAGGAUUUGUCAUCACCACCACUCCACUCUCAUGCUGUCUGAUGGCUUGGAGAGGAGCCAGCGGGAAUGGAGUUGCCUUCAUCGGACCAAUCGUCUUCCUUGGCGGCCUUUUGCUGCUUAUAACAAGUAUUCUCGAAUUCAUAUUGGGUAACACGUUUCCAUGUGUUGUAUUUGGCACUAUUGGAGGAUUCUGGUUUGCAUUUGCAGCCUCUAUGAUUCCCUCCUUCAAUGCAGCUGCCCCCUACUCUCCCUCGGCUACUGAUACAAUUGCUGGGCUUUCGAGUCCUGGGUUUAUGACUACUUACGCAUUUCUGUUCAUAACUAUGGCUGUCCUGAUGCUAAUAUUCAUGAUAUGCGCGACUCGCACCAACAUUGUGUAUACACUCAUAUUUUUGUCGCUGCUCGUGGUUUUCCUUCUAUUGUCGUCAGCUUACUGGCAACUAGCGGAGGGAGAUGCUAGUGUUGGUGAUCGAUGUGUUAAGGGUGCGGGCGCCUCACUUUUUGUCGCUAGCUUGCUUGGAUUUUACCUGUUAAUAGUGCAGCUUUUCGAAGCUUUAGAGUUCCCAUUCCAGUUGCCUGUUGGGGACUUGGCGGUGCUUUGGACCGAUGAAAGUCACAACAAUAAAAGCGGUGAUUCACGUCGUUAUGAUGAAGAUUUGGCCGCUAUUGGAGAUGAUAGAAGUGUCUGA